CUGUCACCACUGUCACCGCUGUCACCUCUGUCCACAGCGAGAGCGCAUGGGGAUGGCGAGGAGCACGGCGCUGCUGCUGUGGGCCCAGCUCCUCGGCCUCGCUGGCUCCCAGCCCCCCCUGCUGACAAUGGACCCCCCCUGGACACCGCUGUUCAAGGGGCAGAAAGUGGAGCUGACCUGUGGGGACCCUGACGUGAGCAUCUUCACUACCUGGUACAAGAACGGGUGGUUCUGGAAGAGCACAGCCUCCAACCGCGUCCAGCUGACCCCGAGUGACAAAGUGAAACACCAAUUCCAGUGCCAGAACCAUGGCUCCGAGCGCAGCCCUGCCGUUAACGUGAGCAUCUCAAAUGACUGGCUGGUGCUGCAGGUGCCGGCGCGGGCGGUGCUGGAGGGGGACGCGCUGUCCCUGCGUUGCAGAGCCUGGGAGGACACAAAGCUCAGUGGGGUGCAGUUCUCCCGUGGCAAGGUGCUGCUGCAGGACAGACGUGGGGAUGAACUGCUGCUGUCCCCUGCAAAGCAGGAGCACAGCGGCCGCUACCAUUGCUCGGGCUAUGUGCACUCCGUCAUCCCAGGAUGGGAAGUCUCUUCCCCGAGCGAGCUCAUGGUGCAAGAGCUCUUCUCGGUGCCGGAGCUGAGCGUGGAGGGUCCCCAGGAGCGCCCCGAGGGCAGCGCCCUCACCCUGCUCUGUGCCACCCGUCACAACGCGCUGCGGCCCCACCUCACCCUGCAGCACCUCUUCUACCAGGACGGGCUGCGGGUGGCGGGGCCCCAGUUGUCCCCCCAGCACCGGGUGCCGGCGCUGCUGCUGUCCCACUCGGGCUCCUACAGCUGCCAGGUGCAGACGGAGUCGGGCAGAGUGCAGAAACGCAGCACCCAGCGCAUCAUCACCGUGAGAAGUGAGCAGGCAGUGGGGCAGGGAGGGGACACGGGGGGUCCCCAGGUCCACCCAGGUCUCCAUGGGUCUCCCCAUCCCAAUCCGGGUCCCUACAUCCACCCUUAUUCCCUCCAUCUGCUCCCCAUGUCCUCGCUUUUAUUUUCAGUUCUUUCUGAG